CAAAGAAGAACAAAAACUAGAUGUGUAAGCUAAAGACGUGUAAAGAACCAGAAGUUACUGCUGCAUAGAUAAAAUGGUUGCAAACCUGCUACCAGGCAUCUGGACACUGAUAUCGUUCAGUCUAUCGGGCAUUUUUGCUGCUGGUUGGACAGUUCAUGUCCCAGCGGAGCCAGUCUAUGCUCAUCUCGGGUCAUCUAUAGUUCUGCCUUGCACCUAUGACUACCCCAAGGACUCGGAUCAGAAAACACCACGCAAAGUUCUAUCAGAGAUGUGGUGUUUAAAUCAAAGCCACUGCAUCACUCCAAGAUACGUGUACCACAGCGCAGGAAUAUUCCCUGAACCUUCAUACCAAGACCGGGUGAAGUUUUUAGGGCAGACGGGGAGUAAAGACUGCUCUCUGAAGAUAUCUGACCUGAAGUCAGAGGACAGCAACGUGUACGUGUUUCGAUUCAUCACGGAUCACCUGAUGGCCAAACUUCCAGGACAGAGAGGAGUUACACUUCUGGUCAUCUGUAAGACACACAUUCAGAACAGCUGGAAAGACAUCUUCAUUUACUAUUGGAAUCGUGUUUGGAGUUUUUUUCAUCUUUAUAAUAACUGUCAUUCUGAUAUGCAUACAAUGCAAGGCACGGAGAGCGAUGUGCAGAUCAAAUUAAAUAAUAAACAUAACCAAUUAACUAACCACAGAGAAUGAGAAACUGCGAUCAACACACAUGUAUGGUUCUGCAAGAUGCUUAUGUUGCUCUUUUUAACAUUAUUUUAUGUCUCUAAAGACCAUUACUUAUCUAUUUAUAUUAUGUUUAAUUAUAUUCUGAUAUCUUGUUAGUUUUCAAAGUGCUUUACAUUCUUUUUACGUAUGCAAUAAGAUAUAGGAGGUUGUAGGGCCUACGGUUGGUUUGAAAAAUAAAUUUCCCUUUUUCUUUUUUUUAAAUCUGGAUAAGAAAAAUAUCUUCAUGUCAGUUAAUUUUCCUUACCUUAUUGGCAUUUUAUUCUUGCAAGCAAUUUGUUAAAGGGUAAGACAAUAUUAAAUCACAGGUUUCCAAUGCAACCAAUAUAAAACGGCUAUAUACUUUCAAUAAAAUUAUGAAAAUUGCAAAAAAAAAUGUUAUUCAGUAUUUUGAAGUUGUUUGUGGUUUGACAAACAAGAUGAGUCACUAAUUCUGCAGGUUUGUUUUUCUGAACUAGUUAGUAGCUUAAAUUAAUUAAUUAAAAAUGUAGAAAAAUGUAGAUUGGUGUUGGAAAAUUCCUAAACAAUAAAAAAGAGAUUUAUUUGA